AUGUCAAGCAGCAAUGCAACUGCCUGGGUGCUGCAGGCGGCGCUUCAGGGUCUGUCGGCUCCUAGCGGCAAGGAUUUCAUAGCAGCGGCUCGGUUUUCUGGUGCAAAGCCCGGAUACGUUUUCAAAAGUGGCGAACACGGCUUGGGAUAUUAUCUCGACUCGUUGCAAGGGGAUGCAGCGGCCGCGGCUGGGACGGACGGGGCGGAUCCCAGCGGCAACGCAGACGGCAAGGGCGCAGCAGCCCAGCCUCCGCAGCACCCUCCUCAGCCGCAGCUGGAUCCCGAGGAGCUGCUGCGCCAGGCGGAGGAGGAAGCCAACAUCGAUCAA